AUGUUGUUGAGUCACAACGGAAAGAGAGCUGUACUUGCGUUAGGAGCUACGCAGAAUGGUAUUCGAAGGGAACCGGAUGUCCGUCUCUUCCGAAGGGCAAGCAGAAUGAUGCCAUUGAUAUACAACUGCGAUCUGGAGAAAAAAGCUCUCGAACGCGCUAAGGCAUACAGCGAAACUCCACAAGCACCAGAAGGUGCUUCUGAGAACGUGUUCAUCUUUGAGGGAAAGAGAGUAUUGACUGAUAAAAAAUUAGCAGAUAGAGUAGGUAUUUGCUUAUUUAUAGAGAAAAUUGAACAAAUGUGACU